AUGGCAGUUCUCGUCGAAAUUUCGAGACAGACCGUUGUCCGGGCAGAGACAGCGGUGUGGUCAAUGCUGGUUUUGAGGUCUGCUGCCUUUCACACCCUGAUCUACCAAACAUUGGCCUCCAUUGCAUCGUGGCUGAAGUCUACUGAAUCAACUCCUUGUUCAUCACAGACGCGACCGUCAACCAGUGCAAGUACUUCGUUUGUGCCAGACUUCCCUCUAGUUUUGGCUGAUAUUGAUCAGAUUGCUAUGGCUGCAAAAGACCUGUGUCUACCACUGCCAAAAGGGCAAAAUGAUUGGAAUUGGAAGUUUGAUGCUCCCUUUUGCAUUGCUGGAACGGGUUUUUCUGGGGACGCAACCAUAGUGGAAUAUGGAGAAGGAACAAACUUCAGGGGUUGCUCCUCAACAGUGCGUGUCUGGUCGAUCACAAGAAGUUGGGAAGUCGUGAUGAAUGGUAUCAAGCAUUCGCCCACCACACCACUGUGUGUGACCUCCAAAUUGCUAACGAAGGGACAUCUUCGGGCAAUUUAG